GCGUUACCCAUUUGUACAGUUCGAACAACUUAGCGCAUCGCACUGUUAACGCCUUCGGCAUAUGUCAAACAGUUUACGCAUCAUUAUAUAUUUAAAUUAAUUUUUUUACUUUUUUAUUCCUUUUUAUUUUUCAUUUUUGCCAUUCAUUCGUUUUUCCCCAUUUUUCAGUUUCUUCCCAUUUGUUGCGCCAAAUUGUAUGACCUGACUGCAUAUUUUAGCACAUCAAAAAAAACGUACAUAAAAUAUAAAAAAAGGGAAAUUGUUUGCAAACAUUUUACGUUUAAACUUUGCGUUUUUUGUGAAUUUUUACAUAUUUGUCUUGUUUUAAAAAAACAGUUUCGUUACAUACGAGUUAAACAUAGUUAUACUGGCCUUUGCGCUUGUACGUAUACGCAUAAACGCAAACAUACGUAUUGUACGUACGCACGCACGCAUAUAUAUAUAUAUUUAUACAUACACAACCGUACCACCGUUUGAUAUCGCCCAAAAUGAAAGUAUACAAAGACGUGUUCACCAACGAUGAAGUGUGUUCCGAUUCGUACAAUCAGGAAGACCCAUUUGGAAUUGCGGACUUUCGCGAAAUCGCCUUUGAAGUGAAGUCAAAUAAAAGAAUAAAAGGAAAUGACGACUAUGGCAUUGCCGAUAAUAGUGAAGAAGCAGUAGAUGGAAUGGGUGCCGACGUAGAACAAGUUAUUGACAUUGUUGACUCCUUCCAAUUAACAUCCACAUCUUUGAGCAAAAAGGAAUACAGUGUUUAUAUAAAAAACUACAUGCAAAAGAUUCUCAAAUAUUUAGAAGAAAAAAAACCAAAUCGUGUAGAAGUUUUUAAAACGAAAGCUCAACCGCUCAUUAAACACAUUUUAACAAAUUUUGAUGACUUUGAAUUUUACAUGGGAGAAUCACUUGACAUGGAUGCAGGUUUGACGUACUCAUAUUACAAAGGUGAAGAAGUUACUCCACGUUUCGUUUAUAUAUCAGAUGGGUUAUACGAAGAAAAGUAUUAAGCCACACUGUGCGGAGGUGGAGCAUACCAUGAAAAAAGCACAAAAAAUAAAAUAAUUGUAUAAUAAUACCUCCCCUCAGGUGUAUAUACAUAAAUGAAUGACCA